AUGACCGCACCUGCAGUCAAGCCCAACCGCGGCGCUACGGUGCCAGACGUGGUCGCAGUGGGCGAUGCUCAAGAAUCUCAGUCGAGCUGGCUGAACAAGCAGAAUAUCAAUCCAAAAACCCGUAUUAAUCUGGAGAAACUGUCUCACAUGCGCUAUCAGCAUCCCAAUCUUGACGAGAUUAGCCAGUUUAUGCUUGACUUUGGAAUGCAAAUUGUAAAACAGACAGAAAAUGAGAUCUGGUAUCGAGGAUAUGGUUCAGACCACUAUGUCUACUAUGCGCGCAAAGGGCCCAAGCAGUUUUUGGGUGGUGUUUUCGAAGCCCAGACUCAGGAAGAUUUCGAUAGGGCAACAGACUUGCCGACUGCAGGCUUAGUCCAGGAUUUGAGUGAUGCUCCUGGUGGAGGAUCGUUGGUCACGAUCACUGACCCAGAAGGAUUCCCUUGCAAUAUUAUAUUCGGACAGAAGCCAACGGACACGCAAGUGUCCCACCAGGAGAAGAUUGUGUUAAAUUACGCCGGUGAAAAAUCUCGCCGACGCGAGUUUAAUCGAUUCGAGCAUGGCCCUGCGGCGGUGCACAAGCUUGGUCAUUUUGGACUCUGUACACAGAAAUUUAAUGCGCAGCUUGAAUUCUAUACGUCCACAUUCAACAUCGUCCCAACCGACCUUCUAUACAUCGAGAAAGACGGCGAGAAAAUGGUCGUGACCAUGUUCGCCCACUUGGAUCUCGGCGAAAAACACGUGGACCACCACUCAUUCUUCCUAAGUGCCAACCCUGGGUGUGCCCAUGUGCACCACUGCUCAUUCGAGGUGCAUGAUUUUGAUACCCAACAGCUCGGCCACCAGUGGCUGGCUAAAAAGGGGUACAAAUCUGUCUGGGGUGUCGGACGUCAUGUUCUGGGUUCACAGAUCUUCGACUACUGGUGGGAUACCACUGGCAACAUUGUAGAGCACUAUGCAGACGGUGAUCUUGUCAACAACGAAACGCCUAUUGGAUAUGUGCAGGCGGGAAGCGAGUCCUUGGCUGUGUGGGGCCCCGAAGUCCCCGCUUCAUUUUUGGAAUAG